AUGGGUAAGUGGGACGUGUGCGGGUACGCGGGAACGACCAUAUCAACGCGGGGCGCGGGAACGGUGUUCGAUUCCGAAGCUGAAGAAAAAAUCAAUACAGACAUGUCGUCGGUUCCCACUUUCGUCAAAUCAAGCCGUGGUCGGGAUAAAUUGUGCUUGGAGGGGCAGAUGUAUGUAUUUGACAAGACCAGCUCGGAUGGUACAGAUGAUUUCUGGCGUUGCAUGUUCAAGAAAACUUGCAAGAUCCGUUUGCACCGGACCAUCGCUACCAAUGAGGUCAAUUUUGUCUCUGGAUCUCAUAGCGAUUCUUCGUAUGCGGCUGCGAUAGAGGUUGCGAGCGCGAGAAAAGCGUUGGAACGACGGGCUGCAGAGACCCAAGAAAGUCCAGCUCAAGUUAUCAAUCACGUCCAGAGUGGAGCAUCGCUCGCCAUCCAGAGGGAAUUCCCCUCAAACCGGGUGCUCGCGAAAGUCGUGAACCGUGUCCGCAAGGCUCGCGCAAGCGCACCGGCUCUUCCCGCUGACCGGAGCCUCAUCGUCAUCCCUGAUGAUUAUGCGGUUUACGAGCCGAACCCGGAUCAUUCGGAACGUUUUCUGAUUGGAGAUUCGGGCUUCGGCGACGAGGGCAGAAUUCUCAUCUUUGGUCGUGAGUCUGCCUCGAGCUGGAUCGGGCUCGUCAACAAGAUAAGUGUCGACGGAGCCUUCAGCUUGGCUCCGAAGAUGUUCAAUCAGGUUUUCGCCAUCCUAGCGGAGCGCUCGGGCUUCGUCGUACCGGUAUGCUACGCACUCCUCCCCAACAAAACUCAAGCAACGUACACGCGCAUACUGGAGCUCGUGAGGGAAGCACGGCCCCAGUUCAGUCCCGACAAAGUCUCGGUCGAUUUCGAGCUCGGUCUCGUGAACGCUUUCCGAACCACCUUCCCGAAUGCUGAGAUGAACGGUUGCCUCUUUCACUUAGUUAAGAACAUGAAGGGAAAACUCAUGGAUCUGGGGCUCAUCAGGCGAUACAAUCAAGACGCCGACUUCGCCUUGUCUGCUCGGAUGAUACCGACGCUCGCGUUCAUUCCGCCGGCGCACAUCGACAACGCCAUCAGCGAACUGGCUCCAGAGCUGCCCGAAGAGCUCAUGCCCAUCUUGAAUUACUUCGAGUACAAUUACGUCGGACGCUUGCGAUUAGUUCCCGGCGGAGAAAUCGCUCGCGCCCCGCCUCGAUCCUGA